AUGCUGGGUUAAUUGAAUUCAAAUGAAACAAAUUUACAAGCCUUCACUCCAAAUACCUUGAAUAUUGAAGAUCUAAAGCUAUAUUUGAAAGAAGCCUUUAUCGAUGAUCAUGCCAGAGUGGCUUAUGAUAAAAAAGAAAACAUUAUCAUUGCUAUAAGUCCUGCUAAUAGUUACUUUAAUUUUGAAAGAGUUUAAAUUUUACUAAAGUGGGCAUAUAACAAUUUCUCUAAAGUAACUAUUCUAGACUUUACUGAAUUAUGGAGAAAAACACUCACAUCUCAAGGAAUAGACAUUUAGAAACAAAAUGAAAAGGUUAAAAAAUAAGAAAAAGCUUUUAACAAGAAUGUAAAGAUGGCAAUAAAAUCGGUGUUAUAAGAAAAAAACCCUUUAAAUGAUUUAGAGAUGGAAAAAAUAUGGUCUGAUUUACGCAAAAAAGGAGCAAAUCUAUAAUCAUAAGAAAAAUUUUUAAUCUCAAAAGUUGAAGAUUUUUACAAUAAUCAAGCUUAUUUAAAUUCUGUUUAAAUCUUAUAAGAAGCAGCAAACAAAAGCUCCACUUUAAACUCAUUUUUCCAAGAAUUCACUCUUUCUAAGAUACUCAACAUAAUGAAUCAGAACUAAAAAAAGCUUAAUAUCAAUUUUGCAAUGGAUUACUUUAUUCGAGAGUUACCUUUUUUUUUAAACGGAAAAGAAAUUUUUGGAGUUGAAUCAGUCUUUGUUUAUCAUAAAGAGUUUUCUCCCUAUUAUCGUAUUUUAAAUGGAGAGUUUUCAGAUCUUGGGUUAGGAGUUAGCAAUGGCAGCGGUUUUGCUAGAAUUACUUUAAUUAACGAAGAAAAUUAAUAGUUGGACUCUUCAAUUAAAAAAAGUGCUAUUCAAGAGAUCACUUUAGAAAACUUAUAGCUUGACCAAAACAAAAAGAAAAACAAAAAUUUUAGGAUAAAUCAAGCUAUUAAAGAACAUUUUUCUAUUUUAGGAGAUGCAAUUGUGACCAGCUUAAUGAGUCUAGCUGAAUAAGGGAUUGGUAUUGAAUAUUUUCCAAAUUCAGCCUUUUAGGCAAAGAACUAGCAAAUAAAAAUUUGGAUCGAAGAAUCUCGCGCCUAUAAAAACAAAACAUACUUGUUAAUAAUUUAAUUAAAAGGGUUGAGUUUUUAACUCAAAACACAAGCACAAGUGCUAUUAUCAAGCUUUUUAGGAACAAAUAUCACUUUUAAUGUUAAAUCCAAUAGAGAAUAAAUAAAACUGAGUUUGGUUAAUAAGUCACUAGCAAAUCUUUUUAGCUUUGAUGAGAUCAAUAAUAUUAUAGCAGGAUUGGAUGAUUCUACAAACGAUUAAUUUCAAUAAGAAUUUGAGCAUAUAAAGGAUUCCCAAAUUGAAAAUACAUAUUGA